ACUAGGUAUACUAGGAUUAAAUGAUAGAAAUAGGAUAAAAGGAGAAGAUACAAAAUGUUUAUACUGUGAGGAACAAAAUGAAAAUUUAGAACAUUUCUUACUUUACUGUCCAGCAUACAAUGAAAUUAGAAAUAGAUAUAGCUUUAUGCAGCAACCAUAUCAAGAAAAUAAAGAGGAAUUAGUAGCAAAUAUAAUCUUAUUGGUAGUACUAAUGAGGGAGGAAGUGGAGAAUAGGAAAGAUUUUAUAAAAGAAAUGUGGUAUUUCAGAGAGAAGAAGCUCAAGCAAACACAAACAUAGGAGGAAUAAAAGAAGCAAGGGAGCCGUUUCAAAGGCAUAUCCCACCCACUACUACUACUACUACUACGGCUGGGUCGAUAUGAACCGAUAUAUUUAGUAUAUUUAACUAUGAACAUUUGACAUACUGAAUAAUACAUUGAUGAAAUGCUUCGACAAACAUCAAGGCACCUCCUCUAUUUAUUGAGAAGACAUAGUGCCAUAACAUCAAAGUCUAGACUUUGUUCAUCUACAUCGAAAGGUAAACAAUCAACAGUCCCACAGCAGCCAGUGGAUUCAGAUGUUAGUCAUGACAUCGUAUCCGGUGUAACUAUCGAUAUGGAUUUAGUUCAGCAUCUUGAAAAACUUUCUCUUGUAGACUUUGCUAAUAAGGAAGGCCUAACAAGAUUACAGGCUGCCAUAAGCUUUGCAGAUCAGCUAGCUCAGGUUGACACAGAAGAUGUAGAACCAAUGUAUUCUGUUCUUGAAGACAG